ACCGGUUUGCUGCUACGCGUGCAGCCGACAGUAAUUCAGCUGCCGUAAAUUCGGGCAACGUUUUUAGAACACUGAAAUAACUUUUAAUGCACGAGAUGGAAUGCAGAGUGUUAUCGAUUCAGAGUCAUGUUGUGAGGGGAUAUGUUGGGAAUAAAUCGGCAUCAUUUCCAUUACAGGUACUGGGCUUUGAGGUGGAUUCCAUUAACUCAGUGCAAUUCUCCAAUCAUACAGGUUACGCACACUGGAGAGGGCAGGUGCUCACGGCAGAUGAACUCCAUGUCCUGUACGAGGGGAUCAAACUGAACAACGUCAACCACUACGACUACGUUCUCACAGGGUAUACCAGAGACACAUCUUUUCUCGAGAUGGUUGUGGACAUCGUACAGGAGCUGAAGAGGGCCAAUCCCAAUCUCGUGUACGUGUGUGACCCUGUCCUGGGUGACCACGGCUCCAUGUACGUCCCACAGAACCUGUACCCUGUCUAUAAGAACAAGGUGGUACCAGUAGCAGACAUAAUCACUCCAAACCAGUUUGAGGCAGAGCUGUUGACUGGGAAGAAUAUCAGUACAGAGAAGGAUGCAGUGGAGGUCAUGGACCUGCUUCAUAAGAUGGGCCCGGACACUGUAGUCAUCACUAGCUCUGACCUGCCCUCCCGCCUCGGAGACCGCUUCCUGGUGUCCCUGGGCAGCCAACGUAUUGUGAUGCCCGACGGGACUCGAUCGACCCAGCGGAUCCGAAUAGAGGUGCCCAAAGUGGACGCUGUGUUUGUGGGUACAGGAGAUCUGUUCGCUGCUAUGCUGCUGGCCUGGACUCACCACUACCCCACAGACCUCAAGACGGCUUGUGAGAAGACCUUCUCUGUCAUGCAUCAUGUUAUUCAGCGAACCAUUUCCUACGCCCACGAGGUGGCGGGGCCCGGUAGGAGACCCAGUCCGGCCCAGCUGGAGUUGCGGAUGGUUCAGAGCAAAGCUGACAUCGAAGACCCAGCCAUUGUGAUGGAGGCCACCAUUCUAUAGAGUCCACUUAACUUGUCACCUGCACACCCACAACCGCACAAUGUAUAGAUGUUGUACAUUUUGACCUGUCAUGUGACAUUGCCUUAGAAUCUUAAACAGAGCACAACAUUUCCACACGAGGAGAUUUGCAGGGUAUAUGGUCCCAUUGGACAAGAGAGGGGGAAAAAAAAAAAGAGAACAA